AUAAAUAAUCGAUUAACCUGUAUCAGGCGAAAGUUAUAUCUUCAUAGUAAUCGUAGACGUGUUUGUCUUGCGAUUGCAUAAUACCACAUUCGACUGUUUCACAAUACAUACUUGUGCCAGCCUGGCGGGCAUUCGAUAAGUAUCUUCGCGUUCGAUAACAGGCAAAUGUUUGUUUUUCGAAAACUCACGUGGAUUAUCUUCGUGAGACGAUAUCGCACUCGAACCACUUCGAUUUUAACGAAGGAAAUAUAGUAUAGCGAUUCAGGGGUUUUACAGGCGAUAGGAUAAUAUGUCAGACACAUUUCGAGCUCGAAGCGCUCGGCUUCGAUUUAAAACCACCGGUGCCCAUGGUUAUGAAUGAACUAAUGGACCCUAACGGACGCUAAUCAACGAACAACCUACGGCACAUUAGGGUGCUCCAAUGCGCUCCUCCGACAACCAUCCUCGGUAACCUUCCGAUCGAUGUAACCUCUGCCCAACCAGUGUAUCAGUUCCGACCGACGCAACUGCCGUCGACUACCGUGAACGGUAUAAAUAGGUGUUGAAAAUUCAAUUCGCCGAUCGGACGGCUACAACAAAUGAAUCGCCAUCGUCGGCUCGGUAUUGCGCAAUCCGAUUGGAAUUCGCCGGACAAUUGAACCCCUCCCCUGAGCCUCGCACUCGAACAACCCGAUAAAAAGCGAAACGACUCGGAUGGUAUAUAGGUAUCAACGCGGAAUCACGAUCCGGAAAAACAAUGUCACCGAACACGGUCGUCACUCUGGCGCGCGCUCGCUCGUCCGGUCAGCAAAUUCGCGACCCACUGUCCUUGAAUCGCCGUGAGACAGACUCGCGAGCUCACCUGUUGCGGGCAGUAACGGUGGACCGCGGACUGUCAAAAUCUACGUGGCAUCGUCGAGCAAGUCGAGUUCGAUGAUCCUCCGAAACGAUGGCCCCUUCUCUCCUGGAGACGCACCAAGAUUCGUCCUCCGAAUUCUCUCGGGUUCUCCGAGGACCGGGAAAUGGAAACGACGAAGGGGAUAUCCCCGCCGGUCACCGAAAAUCCCUGGAUCAGCCGAAAAAAUUGGCACAACGCGCACGUUGGAUCACGGCUGAACCACGGCCGAACCGAUGAUGGCCAGUCCGGCUAUUGCCUUGUAUCGGAGACCUUCUGACAUAAGAAUGGAACGUGGUGCCAGUUUGUAGAAGUGAAAGAAGCUGCGCGCGCCACCGGACAUUGCAUCUUCGUUUCUUCACCAGGGACACGCUCGAUCUUCCUUUUCCACCUGUUCCCGCUCCUGAGCACAGCUCGCCGACGCUCCGCCGACAAAAUUCAAGACGACUCGCCGCGCCGGAGCUCGGUCCGUCGGCUACGAAGCUGGACUCGCGCAUUGUUCCCGAGCUUCCCGUUCCAGAAUGACUGAUUAGAGGGCCGGGUAUAGGUCGUGGCCAGGAAAAUGAUGCUCCAACUGGCAUUGUGGCUGCUGAUCGGCCUGAUCGUCCUCUGGCUGUUGCUCAACGUCGCCAGGGUGGUCGAAACUGUCUGGGAAAUUCUCCUGCCGAUCUUCGACUCGACGCCGAUCGACCUGAAGACGAAGUUCGGCGAAUGGGCCGUUGUCACAGGAUCGACCGACGGCAUCGGCAAGGCUUAUGCGAAGGAGCUGGCUGCCAGGGGCGUGAACCUGGUGCUGAUUAGCAGGUCCUUGGAGAAACUGGAGAAGACUAAGGACGAAAUCCUGCGGGAGCGCUCGGGGAUCGAGGUGAAGAUCAUCGUGGCGGAUUUCAGUAAAGGAAGGGAGAUUUAUCAGAAACUGAAGGAACAGUUGGAGGACGUUCCCGUCGGGAUCUUAGUGAACAACGUCGGGAUGAUGUACAGUUACCCCAUGUACCUCGGCGAAGUCCCAGAGGACGAGCUGUGGGACAUCAUCUCUUUGAACGUCGGGGCCACCACGUUAAUGACCCGGCUGCUCAUCGGGAAAAUGCAAAAACGUGGAAAGGGCGCAAUCGUGAACAUCUCGUCUGGCUCGGAGCUGCAACCGAUGCCUUUGAUGACCGUCUAUGCAGCGACGAAAUUAUACAUUCGAAGCUUUUCGGAAGCGAUCAGGAGCGAGUACUCGAGGUUCGGCUUGACGGUGCAACACCUGACGCCGUUUUUCGUCAACACGAAGAUGAACGCGUACAGCAACAAGCUUCAGGUGACCAGCAUUCUCGUGCCGAACGCAACGACUUAUGCCAAAAAUGCGAUCAACACCCUCGGGAAACUGGAUACCAGUACCGGUUAUUGGAGCCACGGAAUCCAAAAGAUCGUUACGUCGAUUCCGCCGGUGCAUAUCAGAACGAGGAUCGGAUUAUUCAUAAGCCAGAUUUUCAGGAACGAUUACCUCAAGCAAAAUAAGAACAGUUAAAGAAGCAUACGAACCUGUGUAUCGUAAUUAAAUUUUUAUUGAUUAUAAAUAGUCUGUCACUCACACCUAAUGUAUCAUACAUUCUUUACAUGCUAAGUCGCGUGAUUAUGUAAAAAAAUUAUACGAAAGCAUUUACUAAAAUGUUGAAACAACAACGCGAAGGAUGUAAAAAGAAUAAAACUGCAAACAAUA